AUGGUGACGUAUGGAAGCGGAUGUCAGUCGGUUUUAAAAUGGAUGAAAACCAUUGGGAUCCUCGUAUUGAUGCGCAACGGAGCUGAAGCUGAACGUCGUGGUUUACCUACUGAAUUAGCACUAUUGCCGAUUAUUGAAAGUUCUUAUGACCCAGCAGCAACCAGUAGUGCCGCCGCAGCUGGGAUGUGGCAAUUUAUCCCAAGUACAGGGAAAAUUUAUGGUUUAAGACAAACCAGUUUAUACGACGGGCGUCGUGAUGUGGUUGAAUCAACACGUGCCGCUUAUGAGUUUUUAGGCAGUUUAUAUAAUCAAUUCGGUUCUUGGGAGUUGGCUCUGGCUGCCUAUAACGCAGGCCCAGGGCGUAUCCAGCAAGCAAUUAACCGUAACCAAGCUGCGGGCUUGCCAACAGACUAUUGGUCAUUGCGUUUACCGCAAGAAACCAUGAACUAUGUACCACGCUUUUUAGCCGUGGCGCAGAUUAUUAAAAGCCCAUCGAAAUAUGGGCGGUUUAUGGGCAAGCAAUACUGCGCCAACCACAGCUACACGGACUUUAACGCCUACAGCGGUCACCUCGACAGUGACUCAAUCGAUUACUCCAAUGCGCCACGUAUUCCUGUUGCUGUGACCAAUGCAGCCAAUGUGAAACCUGUUGCCGCAGAGCCGCCAAUUUCUGCACGUGAAAAAGCACAAAUUCUUGCCGCAGUAAAAGCUGAAGGCGAAAAGGAAACGGUUAAACAAGUUUUAGAACCUCAAGCCACUCAAGCCGAAAAAGAAGAAGUGGUUAAAGAGAUUAAGGCGAUUGCACCACAAGGGACAGAAGUGCUUGACCCGUAUGAUGGUUUAGCAGAUACCACACCUGCAAACUCGGAAGAAGCCAAACUGAAUCAGGAUAAGAACUUUAAGAAAACCGAAACUGAAGUUGUGAAAUUGAAGUUGACUGGCACGCCUGAAACUAGCAGUAAAGAGAAAGCACAAGCGAGAAAUGAGUCGAAAUCAGAAGGCUCUAGUAAAGAUAUCCAUGUGGUCAAAUCAGGUGAAACACUGGCAAGCGCUUUGGAUAUUGGACAACGCUUAAAGCUUGAUGGGGAAUUACCCAGUAAAUCCACGCUAUCUAAAGAAAAAGAAGACCUAAAGGCGACUGCGAAAGCAACAGCUAAAGCUUCGAGUAAGAAUACUGAAAGCUAUGCGGUGAAGUCUGCCCAGGCGAUGCCUUAUGCCAAUAGCAAUGCACCCAAAGGCGGCUAUAUCAGUACAGCGAGUAUAGGCACCUUUGAUAAUCUCAAUAGUAUGAAUGGCAAAGGCAGUUCAACUGAAGGGAUUAAUUAUCUAUUUGAUAGCUUAAUGGAUAGCUCACUGGAUGAGCCAGAUUUUCAGAUGACCGCUAUCGAUAUGCCGCAAUCAUUAACACCGGGGGCUGAACAGGCACAGAUGUGGGGCAGUAAAGCUGCCGAUGAAGUGGGCAAUUACAAUUAUGCGGGUGUCAAAAGCCCAGUGGUCGAUCAGCUGAUUCAACAGAUUAUUUACGCACCGAACCGUGAACAAUUGGUGCUUCGUACCCGAGCACUGGAUCGGGCUUGCUGGGUUUUGAAGCCGUGCAACAACGUGAUUAUCCGGUGA